AGCUUUGCGAGAGACAUUCACGUAAAAUGUCGGCAAAGAAGAGAGUCGAGUUGUUUUAUGAUGUUGUUUCUCCAUAUUCAUGGUUUGCAUUUGAGUACUUGGGCUGGGAUGUGUAACUUGGGCACUCAGGCAGGCUGGCUGGGUCUGGAGUAGGACCUGCAUACCCACUGGACUACCUGGACACAUGCAUAUGGUGCUGUGUCGAUACAGAGCUAGUGGAUCAUGGAACAUAAAUCUGCAGUUACGACCAUUCUUUCUUGGAGGAGUAAUGCAAGGCUCAGGAAACAAGCCCCCCGCCUCUGUACCCAACAAAGCAGCUUACAUGAGCAAGGAUUUGAAGAGGUUGCGGGAAUUCAUGAACAUUCCUCUCAAUCAGCCUGCUAAUUUUGUGGAGGCAGUGCUGGUGAAGGGAUCUCUCCAGGCGAUGCGCUUUGUGACAGCCGUUGACAUGCAACAGCCCGACAAGACAGAAGCUCUGUCCCGCGAACUCUGGAUGAGAAUAUGGAGCAGGGAUGAAGAUAUCACACAGCCAGAUAGUUUUUUGGAGGCAGGGAAGAAGGCUGGUCUUAGUGAUGCAGUAAUCAAAGAUGCAUUGGGUCGGAUCAAGAACCAAGAGGUCAAAGAUAAGCUGAAAGAGACCACACAGGAAGCACUGGACCAUAUGGCAUUUGGUGCACCAAUUAUUGUUGCUCAUGUGGAAUCAGGACCAGAACUUAUCUUUGGAUCAGAUCGUUUCGACAUUCUUGCAAGAUUGUUAGGUGAAGAAUGGAAAGGACCUCUCCCAGAAACGGCCAAAGCUAAGCUCUGAUUUGAAGGAUGCACUUCAUAGUGACUUCAGAUUUGAUGCAUAACCAGAAUUAGAAUAGAAUAGAAACAGGAUAUUACAUCUUACCAAGGCAAAGGAGUUUACUGACUACAAAAGUUUCCACCUUUGCCAAACUUGGAUGGAAUUUUGUUGACGUGAAAAGAUUAGAAAAAUAUAUAUCGACACCCAGUUGAUGGUACACAUGCUUUGCAAAACCUGCAUCUGACUGAAAUCAGCAUGGCAGUUGCUGUGUUCUUUACAAACCAGAUGUCGAUUUGAAACGCAAAUUUGAUUGGACAAUGCAUGGACUAGUUAGUACAGCCAAAGUAUAACUCUGAAAUUCCAGCCUAAGGGUGGAAACUGGACUUUCAUAAUUAGUUUACUCCCUUGCCUCGUGAAGAGGUAAUAUUAUGAAAGGAGGAUUUCUUGAGUAAGAUAGAUCACAAUGGCUGUUGAGAAACAUUUGUAUCACCAUGAACAAUAGGGUGUUAGUUUUCUCGACAGGGGGGAAUUGGUGGCCCAGUGUGGAGUGGCAUCCCUUGGGUUUACCAGAACCACAUGAUUGUGGGUUUGAAUCCCAGUUUGCCCCAAUUAUGUUUCUAGUUUUAUCAGCACCAUCCCUGUGCUCAUGGGUUUUGCCAAAGUGACUGCUCAUGAUAUCAAUCACUGGAUU